UCUUUCCCAAAAGCUGAGAGAGGAGAGGAUCCAGCUCCCCCCCUCACCGAUGAUCACUUAAGUCGACCCAUAACUAUUUGGUCAUCGUUAUGUGUCCAAACGAUGAUUCAACGGUAUUCAACGAGGCGUGGAGAAAGAAGGUGCCAGCAAAGGGCACAAAGAAAGAGGCAUUGGGCGCUGUUACAUCGUCAUGUCGGCUAUGGACGAAACCUAGACGAUCACCGCUUAAAGAGGACCAAGGGGAGAUGCAACAUGCUCCGCACCCGGCGGCGUGCUCAGCAUUCCCGGCCCCUCACUUUCCCAUAUUUGCUCUCGUCGAUAUUCACUCCUCUGCGAAACAUUGUCUUCUUCCAGAACUUUCAAGCGAUCUGAUCUGCUACGUCGAAAAUGUCACCAAGAGCCAGAGAUGCCUAUCGGCCUAUUCUGCUAUUACUCCUCAUUCUAUUGACGCCAUUACCCACAGCCGAAGGUUUCCCGUACGGACAAUGGCGAAUCGCAUUCUCUUUGGCUCACUCCCUCAUGGAAAGAGUUGCCAACCUCCGUGCCUCCAGAGGAGAUCUCGUAGGCGCCGCCAGAGCGAGAAGUAUCGCAGAGAAGCUGGAAGGAGGGUUUCGAUUAGGGUUUUGGACAAGAAUGUGGUCAAUGGGUUUGGAUUACAUGAGGAAUUAUGCCUGGAGGGGCGUGGAAUGGAGUGAGAUGCUUGGUGUGGCUUCGGAAAUCGGCAAGUUAUUGAGGGAUGUGAACGAUUUGUCUCGGAUGAAAUCGGAUAAGGACAGAGCAGCUUGGGUUCUUCACAAUUACCAGAGAAUCUUGGGUGUUUCGAAAUCUCUAUCUCGUAGGUUUCUGCGAGUGUUUCAUCAAUCGGGUCCAUUGAGGGAAUUGGUGUUGACGAUACAGAAAGAGGUGGAGGAGGGCUUGCUGAGUGACUGCCUUGAAUUGGGGACGAAUGACUUCAAAGGGUUCCUUCAGGUAGCCAAAGAUAUUGCUUCAGAGCUGUAUUCCACUUCUGAACGAAGCGAUCUUUGAAAGGAAGCUAGGAAUUGGAGAGAACUAAUGUAUGUAUAAGCUUUCUGAAAUUUCUGCGAACUAGAAGAAACGGUGGCGUUCGUCAGAAUCGACUUAGAUCAGUCACGGUUGAUUCCCGAUUCUUGAAACCAUGCUCUCCUUCUAGCUCGGAGUCCUGACUCUGCUACUUACUGAGAAUAUUAUGAUUUUGAAUAGUUGUUACAUUUCUAGUUUGUAUAGUGGUAGGUAUCCACAAGCCAUUGAUCAACCUGUUCGAUCACUUCACAUUAUACUUUCUGGCUUGGUUUUCUAGUUGAAAAAGAACAUAAGAACAUGGGAUGAAAUUCAUGGAA